AUGAACUUGAGCUCAUCGCCCAUAGGACUUGCUCCCGCUGCAGCCAGGCACAGCCCUCAGACGGCAGCGGGGAUUCCUUCGGUGGCCUCUCCUCAUCCUUACCCUCAGGAACAGAAGCCGCAGACAGCUCUGCAGCCGACUCCAGGCUUGCCUUCGCCCCAGACGCAUUUGUUCAGCCACCUUCCUUUGCAUUCCCAGCAGCAGUCAAGGACACCUUAUAAUAUGGUUCCAGUUGGGGGGAUCCACGUGGUACCCGCUGGCCUCACAUACUCCACAUUUGUACCCCUUCAGGCUGGGCCAGUGCAGCUUACGAUCCCUGCUGUCAGUGUCGUCCACAGAACCGUGGGCACUCCUGGGGACACAGUCACAGAGGUGUCUGGCACUACAAAUCCCGCUGGAGUGGCUGAACUAAGCAGCGUUGUGCCAUGUAUUCCCAUUGGCCAAAUCCGUGUGCCAGGCCUUCAGAACUUCAGUACGCCGGGCUUGCAGCCACUUCCGUCGUUAAGCAUGGAAACCGUCAACAUCGUAGGCCUAGCCAAUACGAACGUGGCCCCGCAAGUGCAUCCGCCGGGACUCGCGCUCAAUGCCGUGGGACUGCAGGUCCUGACUGCAAACCCUUCCUCACAAAGCAGCCCCGCCCCCCAGGCCCACAUUCCAGGGCUCCAGAUCUUGAACAUAGCAUUGCCUACUUUAAUCCCCUCGGUCGGUCAGGUUACCGUCGAUGCACAGGGAGCUCCCGAAAUACCAGCUUCCCAAAACAAAGCACGCGAGACGCAACCCACGCAGACUUCUGUAGCCAAUGCAAACCAGGUCAGCAGGACCGAGUCUCCUCAGGGGUCACCUAAAGUCCAGCAGGAAAACGCAAAAAAAGUUCUGGAUCCACCUGCCCCUGCAGGUGACCACGCAAGGCUGGAUGGCUCAAGCAAAAUGGACACAGAGAAGGCAGCCUCAGCAAAUCAUGUGAAGCCCAAGCCUGAACUCAUCUGCGUGCAGGGCCAGCUGGUGUCCGUGGCAGAGCCUCUGCUGAAGGCACAUUCUGAAGGUGUCACAAAGCCAUCAGGCCGGCAGACCCUCUCUCCAGACAGGCAGGUGCCCAGGCCCACAGCACUGCCCCGGAGGCAGCGCCCUGUGCAGUUGAGCGACGUGAGCAGCGAUGAUGAUGAGGACAGGCUUGUGAUAGCAACCUAGUGGGGUUUAUUUUUUAUUGUUUCUUUUUUAAUAACACUUAAAGGUUUCUUUGAAAACCCUUCUUUCCUUAAAGCACAUUUUUCUGACAUAAACUCAUGACUAAUCUUUGUGCAAUCAUGAACUUUUGACCAAUAAUUGUUGUUUUGUGUCAGCUCCAGCCAUUUUUGUACAUGUUGUAUAGACAAUUGUGCCUUUUAGGA